CUAUCUUUACUCCAAAACCUAUGUAGCUAGCUAACGUUAGCUGGUUAGUCUCAUUUAGGUUGUCCUGCUCAGACUUCACUUCUUAAAUCUAUUAGAGGGAUUUGCCUGCUUCACAGAAAGCUUGCAGUCCGAGAACAUCAAUGUGCAAACUGCACGAAGCCCCACGUUAAAUUUGACAAAGGAAGCUUAUCAAAACGGUUUCUACUUUUCUGUAUUUACCUCAAGGUCAGGUAACUUCUUUGGAAUGCAGUCGGUCACUGGGACUGAUUAUGCUCGAGACGAGUAGCAAGGAACAUGACAACGACCUCUUGCUGUCACCUGCACAUGAUCCAUCGACUGAUAUAGUUGCUGCUGAGGAAAGUCAAUUGCAUUGCAAUGUGAAGGAGCUCAUCGCCCCUGAAAAUGAAAUAGUGAAGAGGAUCAAGAAGAGACCCCAAAAGCCACGUGGAAGGAAACAGAAGUCCAAGUCAUCCGAAUGCUCUGACAAUCUCAUGUCAGAACUUCCAUUCGCAGCUACAGCAACCUUGGCUGUAAACAGUUUAUGCCAUUUUAUUUAUGCAUUUAUAUCUAGGUUAACUUAAAUUAACAUCUCCAGACUAAUAUAACAUGGUUGUAACAUACCUUUUUAUAGAGAGGAUGAGUUCAGUAGUUAGCAUGACAGGGCUCUAUGCUGGUGGCACCAACUCUGUAAGUCUAUAAUGACUGGUUAUUUGUAGUAGUUGCCAAUUGAUGCAAGGACCUUCCUUGUACCGCAGCUGCCCUUGAAUUCAAAUUUCCUCCAGCUACCUAGUGGCGAUAAAUAAUGCAUUGUUGACUUGACUGGCGGUUAGUUUUACAGGAGGGCAGUCAAAUCCAACUACAGAAUAGCAGAAUCACACAUUUGUCUCCUGUAAAACACUAAUCAUUGUGCUACAUUUCCCCUAGUUACCAAGCCAGAGGCCAAUUUGAAGAAGAAGUGAAAGAGAGGCAACUGCUGGAACUGGAUGGCCAGAGAGUGAAUGGCAUGCUCUACUUGUGCAGAUCAGUGCAGGCCCUGGUGAUGCAGAGGGACUCCAGACUCACUUGGGCUCUGGUGCCUGUAGCCAGUCUCCACAUCACGCUGCUGGUGACCCACUUGGCCAGUCAAGAGGAAGUAAACUUGGCAGUGUGUGCAGUGGCCCAGAUGAAGGCAUCACUGCAGGACCUGCUGCGGGGGCGAGAGCUCAUCCUUCCCUUCCACAGCAUCGGACACUUCAGGAAGGUGGUUUUUGUAGAGUUGGCCCAGGGAGAGAACCUUGUCAAACUGGUCCAGAUUGCAGGUCUUGUGAGGAAAACGUUUGAGGAGAAAUGCAUCUCGUCUGGUGACCGCAAAGCCUUCAAGCCUCACCUUACCUUCAUGAAGCUGUCCAAAACUCCUCCUCUACACAGUCAGGGUUUAAAUAAGCUGUACUCUGACUACGCUCGUCACCACUUUGGAAACGAGAGGGUGUUCAGACUGGCCCUCUGCUCAAUGGUGAAGAAAAAGACCCCAGAUGGAUUCUACCACCGAGAUCUUUUUCAGAGCGGGCCUCGGGCUGCUCGGACAAGUGUCAAGAGGGGUCCGGAGCCUGACGAUGAAGAGCUUGUGAGCCUGAGUAAGAGGCUGGUGGAAGACGCCGUGCUGCUGGCCGUGCAGCAGUUCAUGGACGAGACUCAACACAACGGGGCCGCGUCAUCUGACCCGGCGCGGCCCUCAGACAACCUCAACACUAACGCUGUCAAAACAACCGACACCAGCACCAGCAGCAAGUGACCACAGCCAAUUCCCCCAGGCAGCACUGGACACUAACCAGUCAGGCAGUCAGCCAGCCAGCCAACCGGCCCAGGAGCCAAUGGGCAGUACUGUUACUGGAUCAAGCCCAGUUGAGGUGUUUUACUAGAGAAGGAAGAAAGGUUUUGUGGCAAAACUCUGGAUUGAGUGUGGAAUCCAUAUGCAGUUUUAUGUGUACUUGAUUUUGUGUACCUGAUUGUCACCAAUGAUCAAGGCAGCCUCGCCCCAUACAAUCCCUCCUGUCAUGUCUGUCAGUCCAUCUGUCUAGUGUGGACCUUUGUUCAUUCUUGAUUUAUCUGUGCCCUGGGAGAAAGAGUUGGCCUUCUGAAGGAAAUUUCUGUUCUGAUUAAUAUGCUAUGUGAGGUGUGGGUCGUUCCAAUGCUCAGAGUGGAGCUGACAUGUCACGACACACACUACAGACUGAUCUUGGUUAGGUUAGGCUGUACCUCGGUCCUCCAAGGUGCAGUCAGUACAAAGACAUUCACUGUCUUUCUACUAAGCUAAAACAAAACAGCACUACAAAAGGAACUGCAACUCAAAAACCUGAGACAAGGGAAAAUGAGCUCAUCUGUGCAGCUGGACAAUAUGCUGUGAACUAUGUUUACAUGAUCCUGUCUCAUCUGUGCUGUAAUGUGGCUAAAACUUGAAAAGGUAAAUGAAGAGUGGGUCCCAUGUGCUACCUGUGGUAAAAUAUGCAUGUUAAAAUAUGACAACUAGGUUGACCUACCAGCAAUGAGGAUCAUGUUAGGUUCGUGUUUGUUUGUUUGUCCCCUGUAGGAGGGGCUGGUGAUGCAGCAGGCCUGGUUAGGAAGGCCCGGUGCAAACACAAUCAUUCUUUGUCUCAGAACCUACAGGACCUAAAGGAGCAUCUAUCCCAGCCGGCUGUCCAAGCUAGCAUCCGCCAGGAGAUCUCUGGCACCUGACUGACUGAACACUCCUAGCUCCCACCAGCAGUGCGGAGACAGCACCAAGGAACUACAGAUACUGUAGUAGGCUAGUGUACUACACACAGUAGAUAGAUACAGUGCAUUUGGAAAGUAUUCAGACCCAUUGACUUUUUUCCAUAUUUUGUUACGUUACAGCCUUGUUCUAAAAUGGAUUGAAUGUUUUUCCCUUCAUCAAUCUACACACAUGGGGUAUUGUGACAAAGCAAAAACCGUUUUUUUAAAAAACUUUUUGCAAUUUUAUAAAGAAUUAUAUUAACUAAAAUAUCAUAUUUACAUUAGUAUUCAGACCCUUUACUCAGUAAUUUGUUGAAGCACCUUUGGCAGUGAUAACAGCAUCGAGUCUUCUUGGGUAUGACGCUACAAGCUUGGCAUGCCUGUAUUUAGGGAGUUUCUCCCCUUCUCUGCAUAUCCUCUCAAGCGCUGUCAGGUUGGAUGGGGAGUGUCGCUGCACAGCUAUUUUCAGGUCUUUCCAGAGAUGUUAGCUCGGGUUCAAGUCCGGGCUCUGGCUGGGCCACUCAAGGACAUUCAGAGACUUGUCCAGAAGCCACUCCUGCAUUGUCUUGGCUGUGUGCUUAGGGUCGUUGUUCUGUUGGAAAAAGAACCUUUGCCCCAGUCUGAGGUCCUGAGCGCUCUGAAGCAGGUUUUCAUCAACAUCAAGGUUUUCAUCAACUUUACUCCGUUCAUCUUUCCCUUGAUCCUGACUAGUCUACCAGUCCCUGCCACUGAAAAACAUCCCCACAGCAUGAUGCUGCCACAACCAUGCUUCGCCGUAGGGAUGGUGCCAUGCUUCCUCCAGACGUGACGCUUGGUAUUCAGGUCAGAGUUCAAUCUCGGUUUCAGCAGACCAGAGAAUGUUAUUUCUCAUGGUCUGAGAGUCCUUUUAGGUGCCUUUUGGCAAACUCCAAGCGGGCUGUUGUGCCUUUUACUGAGUGACUUCCGUCUGGCGACUAUUAUAAAUACCUGAUUGGUGGAGUGCUACAGAGAUGGUUGUCCUCCUGGAAGGACUAUCCCAUCUCCACAGAGGAACACUGGAGCUCUGUCAGAGUGACCAUCGGGUUCUUGGUCACCUCUGACCAAGUCCCUUCUCCCCUGAUUGCUCAGUUUGGUCGGGCGGCCCGCUCUAGGAAGAGUUUUGGUGGUUCCAAACUUCUUCCAUUUAAGAAUGGUCCAUCAUUCUGUGAUGACCACUGUGUUCUGUGAUCGGCCACUGUGUUCUUAGGGACCUUCAAUGCUGCAGAAAUGUUCUCGUACUCUUCCCCAGAUCAAUGCCUCGACACAAUCCUGUCUCGGAGCUCUACGGACAAUUCCUUUGACUUCAGGGCUUGGUUUUUGCUCUGACAUGCACUGUCAACUGUGGGACCUUAUAUAGACAGAUGUGUACCUUUCCAAAUCAUCUCCAAUCAAUUUAAUUUUAAUUUAGUUUGGUGAUUUAAAAAAAAAAAAAAAUCUUGAACUGCAUUGUUGGUUAAGGGCUUGUAAGUAAGCAUGUGACAAAUAAGAUUUGAUUUUGGAUCAAGUUGUACAAACAUCUUAAGGAUGAUCAAAGGAAACAGGAUGCACCUGAGCUCAAUUUUGAGUUUCAUACUGUAAAUAAAGUAUUUGUUUUAUAUUUAAUAAAUGUGCAAACAUUUCUAAACUUGUUUUCGCUUAGUCAUUAUGGGGUAUUCUGUGUAGAUUGAUGAGAAAAUAUUAGAUUAAAUUAUUUUAGAAUAAGGCUGUAACAAAAUGCGGGAAAAGGGAAGGGGUCUGAAUACUUUUCUAAUGCACUGUACCACAGAACAAACACAACAGGAAGUACACACUUUUCCGUUAUUCAUUUGAUAUAUUUCUUAAAGAAAAUGUUUAAUUUUUAAAUGAGUAGAAAGAAACUAGUUGGGGGGGAAAAAAGCACAUUGUGAAUUUCAUUUUUUUUAAACUUGCUUUUAGCACUAUGCUUUAAAUACCACUUCCAAGUGGCUUUAAUAAAGACAGAGGCUAUUCACUGAG